GAGAAAGACCGUAUCACGUUCGAACAACGUGUUGAGGAAUUGCAAUUUCUCCACACGGGCAUCGGCGAUGGAGAAUCGUUGAGGGAAGACAGUGGAUGUAACAUUGGUCGAUUAUUUAUAUCCGGGACUGACAGUUCACCUUUUAGUUUUGCUCGGUCUGCUGAUAAUGUGGUUCAGUUUCAUCUUUGUCUGUCUUUAGAUGGCAAUUCAGAGAACUCGAAUCUAACUACCGAUGCACGCCAAACAGAGCCCAAGUGUCCUCCUGUCACCCAACCUAUUGAAAAGUUGAGAAAUUCAGGGCAAGAUGGUGUUAAGAUAAGUUUGUUCGGUAAUGCUGGUGCAGUAAAUAUGUGUCCAACAGCUGAGUUGUUAAAGCUCGAUGAAGAUGUGGAUUUCGCUGAAGCUUCUGAUGAUGCAGUAGAACUGUGCAUAGCAGCAUCCGAGGCAUUGGCCAUUAAUGAAGUCGUAGAGGGUGACUCGUUUGUAAAAUCUUCAUCCGCUUUAGCUAUACUUGAAGCUUCUCUUCAGGUGAAGCAAGCAAGGUUGGAAGUUUGGAAGAAUAACUUAAGUGGUUCAAUUGAUGUACUCAGUGAAAUUGAUAACUUAUCCGAUUUGGAUGAUAUAAUUAUGGGAAGUGCAUAUGAAGAUACCGGGAUUCAUUUUGAUGAGUUGCUCGGAAAUGAGUUGAGUGUAUCUCAAGUUAAGGAUACUUUUGACUCUGCAAACGUUUUGGGUAAAUCUUGUGAUGAUAGAUAUACACAUGAAAUAGAAGGUGCUAUCGACAAUGACACACAAUUCAAAACAGAUUUUUCCGCAGAAUGUUUCGACGGUGACAAACAAAAUAGGGUAAUUGAUAAUGCAGUGUGUGCUUUGGGAACUGAUGUUGCGUACCGCCCUGAUUGCUUGAAGACUGUUGACACUCGGGCAAAACUUCAUCCUUCCGUUUUGGCAGAGAAAGUCAAUGCAACAACAGCAGAAAACAGUUCAGAUGAAACAAAUAUGAGGUCUUCACCAAUUACAAGCUGUCGAGAUAGGGGUAAAGUAUUGCAUUGCACUUCCAACUCCUACUCUUUCUUGUGCUCUAAGAAAAUAAUUAUGAAUUCCCGCAUCUUACUUCCCCUUCUUUGACAGGAAAACAUUAUACUCUAUCAAGUACUGUUCCAGAACGGUUUGAAAGCCGCUGGUUUGGUGGUUGGACAAGUAACAAUGAAGUGAGGCUUACCACUGUGAAAUAUAGCAUCCCAAAACCUUUUGCUGGUGAAACAAGCUUUCUGUCGGAGUCCGCAGAUGCUGCU